GGAAAAGAGAAAAAAGAAGUCCUACCUAAUUUUCUUCCAUCCUGCUCUGCUCCUCUCCACGUGACGAGUCUCCUCUCCUCCGCCCCCCGGAUCCCAAGAUCCUUCCCUCUUCCUAGGUGAUGGAGAAGGAGAUGGCGAGGGCGGUCCCGGUGAGGAGUUCCCACACCUCGACGGCCGGCAUGCUCGCGUGGCCGCACCCCGAUGGCGCCGCGCCGUCGCCAGGACGCCGCCCUAACCAGCCGACGGAUGAGUUCAGGAAGGUGGUGUUCGGGGGCCAGGUCACCGACGAGGAGGAGGCCGAGGGCCUCAACAAGAGGAGGCCGUGCUCCGCGCCCAAGUCGAAGGAGAUGACGGGCAGCGGCAUAUUUGAGGGAGAGAACGCCGCCGCCUCCCCAACCUCCUCCCGUAAUUCUCAGUCGAAUAGCACUGUAAGCCAGAUCAAUUUUGCUGAGGAUGGAAGUGUUCCUCCCAGAAAGCCAACUUCAGUAGCUGAGGUGCCAAGUCAGCGUGACCUUGACCGUACCAUUCAAGGUGAGGGAGACAGUACAAUUAAGAUGCAGGUAUCUGAUGCAAAAUCCAAGGAGCUCGGUGGCCAUGACAUUUUCGCUGAUUAUGAAGAUCCCAGGCCUAACAUUUCAAGGAGAUCAAACUAUCGCAGCUCUGCCUCGCACUCACCUGUGAAAAAUGCAAAUGUGAGCACCUUCUCGUUUGGAAACGCCAACAUCGACAGCACGCGGAAAACAGCAAAGAAGAUAACUAGCAACAAGUCCACUGAUCUGACGGGUGACGCCAACUUGGUGGGAGAUUCAGCACCUGCUUCCACGGAGAAGCAGCUGAGCAGCGCGAAGCUGAAAGAAAUUACUGGUAGCAACAUUUUUGCAGAUGGGAAGGCCCCAACCGGAGAGCGUGCAGGUCGAACCCGCCAGCCUCCUGGCGGUGACAGCACCAUUUCACUGGUUUAGCAUCCUUCAUGGAUCUUGUUCUUGGUCCAUGUUUACCUCUGGUGUGUUUAUGCAGUUUGGUUUGGUUGUGCCGUAUGGUGGAUAUGUUUGGCAAAUAAUACCGUGAGUUCGGACCGAGCUCACGUGUUGGGCAUCAUUAAGAUUGGACUAUGCUUGGAUUUGAGCAUUUUGCUUGUAGUCGAAAUGAAUUCCAUAUACAUAUUCGUUUACAUCA